CGGUUUGGUGUAGUUGCAAGCUGUCUGCAGUCAUGAAGGUCGAGAGAGUGCUCUUAGUCAUCGUCGCCUCAGCGUCGGCUGCUCCUCAGUUUCAGUUCAAUGACGCGCAGCCGAUGCCCUACGACUUCGCUUACGGCGUGAACGUCGAGAGCACAGGAGACGUGAAGGAACACAAGGAGUCCGUGUCUCCUUCGGGCAGAACCGAGGGCGAAUAUCGCUGGCUGCAGCCCAAUGGACUUUACAGAGUAACGCGAUACUUCGUCGACGGAGACGGAGGAUACCAAGCCUCAGUGAGCGAGGAACCCGGAGACCAGGUGGCCAACUACUACUUCAGUUCUCUGGCCAACGCCGGCUCCUCCAGCAGCACACAGGUGUCACAGCAGGGCUUCAGCAGCUCGCAGUCGUCAGGUAACGGUGCAGCAUUCAGUGGGUCCCGCUUUUCAAGCAACCAGCAAGCCUUCGGCACUUCACAGUUCUCUGGGAAUCGGCAAAUCUUCGGGAAUUCACAGUCGUCAAGAAACCAAGCUGCCUUCGGGAAUUCACAGUCUUCAGGAAACCAAGCAGCCUUCGGGAAUUCAUUCUCUGGGAAUCGGCAAAUCUUCGGGAAUUCACAGUCGUCAGGAAACCAAGCUGCCUUCGGGAAUUCAUUCUCUGGGAAUCAGCAAAUCUUCGGGAAUUCACAGUCGUCAGGAAACCAAGCAGCCUUCGGCAAUUCGCAGUUUUCGACCAACCAACAGUUCUUUGGCAACUCGCAGUCUUCCCUCGACCAGAACCGCUUCCUCUCCUCGCAAAGCCUCCAAAACCAGCCCAAUUCUCAGACUGGGAACUUCGUCGGCAGCAGCAUCAUUGACGGCGGCGUGAUCAGUGGCGGCGUCAUCGACGGAGGCGUCAUUGACGGGGGCGUCGUCAACGGAGCCACUUUCGGAGCCACCAACGCUUUCAGUGACAGCAACAGCUUCAGUCAGGGCGUGACAAACUUCCAGACGUCAGUGGCUGACAGGAGCGACAUCAACCGAGGCGUUGCUGUCAUUCUGGCUGGCAGUUCUUUGCCUACCUCUUUCAGGGGGUGAAAAGGGUUGUUUUUAUGUUGAAUAAUUAUGAAAUAGAUAUAUAUAUAUACACUGUGCAUUGUAUUUUUAU